AUGCAGGCGACGUCCGAUCUUCCCAUCCUCGGUGUCCAGCAGUACGGUCUCGAAGGGGUUUUUCCUACUGAGCAGCUAGAUGCCCAGCAAAGGGUUCCCAGGUCAGCCAAGCGUGCCACGGCGGCGACCGGAAAGCGGUCCAAGCCUGCCGAUGCCGCAGACCUGAAUACCGAUGGCAACGACAAUGACGAGGAGGAGGGCAGGAAGAAGCGGUCCAGAGGCCGGCCGCGGCUCGACACCAAGGACGAAACGGCUGCGGACCGCCGGCGCACCCAGAUCAGGCUUGCGCAGAGAGCUUACCGUCACCGCAAGGACACCGCCAUCUCCUCACUCGAGCAAAAGGUCAAGGAACUCGAAAAGGCCAACGCAGCCAUGAGCAAGGAGUUUGGCGACUUUUACAAGCUCCUCAUGGCAGAUGGUGGAAGCGCCUCCGCUCCUCAAGUUGCCCUUCGUCUCAAGUCACUUGCGGAUAAUCUCCUGUCGCCGUCAACGGCUCAGGAUGGUUCGGCCAGCAGCAAUAGGUCUCCGUCUGCCGACACCGAGGACCAGCCAGAUCCCCAUCUGCCUGGCCGACAGAAUUCUGGCUCCAGCUCUGAGUACUCGAGGUUCGAGCCACCUCCAAUCACCACCCACCACCAUCAGCCGUAUUCACAAGGUGCCUCGGUCGAUAUCUCGCCGUCCGCUCCCGCCAUCCACAUGCCAAGCUCGUUAUCCUACGAGGUUGUCACGCAGCCCACCCCCAGCAACGCCAGCUUCCCGUUCUAUGCUUCCAUGGAACCAUCUUCAAAUCACUUCAUUGGGCACUUGGCCAGCCCCGACCCCUAUGCCUCGCUGCCACCACCGUCGACAUACGCUGCCCACGAGGCAACAUUCGGCCGUCGGGUCCAACGAGCCACUCUGGAGGCUGGGCUGCGCCUGAUUUCGAUGGCCAACCCGCCGCCAGAGCGAUACGCUGCCGUCUUCGGCUUUUGCCUAUUUUUCGAAUCCCGCGACGCCAUUAUUCGCCGUCUUAGUCUGUCUCUGAGCCGGACCCGGCAGGAGGGGCUUAGCCACUGGAAGGCUCCCUUUACCAACCUCGGUGGUGCUGGCACUUUUUUCAUCGAUAAAUCAAGCGGCGUGCCGUCAGUGGAUGGCUCAGAUGACGGGUCGCUGCCCAUCGGAAACCAGGGUGCCCGUGAAUUCUUUCGGCCAACUGAGAUGACGGGGUUUUCCAUGGGUCCGUUCAGUGCCGAAGUCGAAGCCACUCGCGACGACCGGCUAGAUCAUCGCAUGCGCAUGCUGUAUCCCGGCUUUGAGGGCAAUUUCUUUGACGCGGACGAGAUCGAGACGUAUCUGCGCCACAUCGGAAUCACCAUACCGCAGAGUGCCGAUUUUGUCGAGGCCGAGGUCAUCGUCGACGAGCUGCAAGACGACACAUCGCCAGUCCCGAGACACUCUGCAUCUCGCGAGCCUAGCACGUUUGGGAACGCAAGCAUGCUGUCCGGCGACUCUGGCUACGGGAGCGUUGACAGCGGGCCAGCCGGGGCUGGGACUUGGGGGAACAACAGCCCGGGGUCCGCACACCAUGGGCUGUCGGCGGCGGAUAUACAGGCACACACGCGGCCGAUGUCGACCGUGCUCCACAACAUUGUGACAACGGGAGCCAUGGACUUUCCCAACAGCCUCACAUCCUUCAUCUGCCCUCCUGGUCUGGAAGGAAUUUGGCAGCCGACGCCGGCCUGGUCGAGGGCCAAGAUCACGGUCGAUGUGAAUAUGUUGGUGAAUGAAAUCGUUGGUACGUCAGUAUGCCUGGGAAGGACACCUGGCGUGCGACGAAAGGACGUCAACCGAGCCGUGAAGCUUGCUGCCGGACUGGUUGCCGCUCACUAG